AUGCAGCUCACGAGGGUGGGUACGCUACGGCACGCUGCGGCGCUUACAGACACGCCGGCAGGAGAUGGCACGAGUCUUCUGUCAGGUCACCUGUGGGCCGACGUACAGGUCGUGCUUUGGCUUCGCGAAGCCGAAUUCAGAGCAUUUUUGGAAGCUUGCAAAACGUCCAAUGGCCGGCGCCCGUGGCUGACUAAAAGUCAGGUCAGGGUAGAAACGGGUUGUAGCCAGAUGGAAGCCAAGGCCGGCAGCAAAGAGGUCUCCAUGCUUUCCGGAUCACCGUUGGCAUCCCUUCUGGCUUGCCUGGCCGGGAAUGACUCUAACAACUCGAACAGAACCCUUCUGAGCUCCAACUUGGAGCAAAGAGUAUCUCCGAGUCACUGUCACCACCAGGCUCCAGCUGAAAGCUGCUAA